AUGCGCCGCCCCGAGCUCGCGCUGGUCCUGCUGGCGCUGGUCCUGUGCCAGGCGCCCCGGGGGCCGGGCGCCCCGGUGCCGGGGGGCGGAGGGACGGUGCUGGCCAAGAUGUAUCCGCGCGGCAACCACUGGGCCGUGGGGCACUUGAUGGGGAAAAAGAGCACAGGGGAGUCCCCAGAUGCUUUGGAGGGAGAUGACCUGAACCAGCAACUGCAGGAAUAUAUUCAGUGGAAAGAAGCCAUGAGGAAUUUGCUGGGCCUUCUGGAAGCAAAGAGGAACAGAAGCCAUCAGCCACCUCGGCUCCAGGCUCUGGGCAAUCAUCAGACUACAUGGGAUACAGAUGACCGCAGCCAUUUUAAAGAUGUAGGUUCGAGGCAAAAAGUUGGCAGACACUCUGCUCCAGGUUCUCAAGGAGAAGGAAAGACCCUCCAGCUGAGUGGACAAUGAAAGGGACAGCAAAUGGUUAAGAAACUGCAUUCUGCGAGCAUCAGUUCUACCGGGUCAUCCACACAAUGUCCUUUGUGCGAAACACUUAACUGUUCUUGUAUAUUUUGCCCUUGACUAAACUCAUCAUUUCCAAGUGACAGUUUCUGGUUUGAACUUCGUUUGCAGUGAACCACCAUCCCAAAGAGUCUUCUAAGGAAUGCUUUUGACAUCUUAGGCUAUUUGUUGGUUAGAUUCAAGCCUUUGAUGUGUUAUCAUUCACAAUAAAAGCUU